UGCCUGUUACCCCUUUCCUUGAAGACUAUGGCGUUUUAUCGUACAGACUGCAUUGAGAAACCUGUCUCUAAGCUUUUUGAGAAACUUGGCCAUCUGGUUGGCUCUUAUCCAGUUUGGUUUUUUGUCAUUCCUCUGAUAAUGUCCGCUGCUCUGGGAGGAGGACUGUACUUUCUCGAAGACCUCGAGAACAAUGACGUUGAGAAUCAGUUCACACCUAUCAAUGGACCAUCCAAGCAAGCCAGACAUUUUAUAAAAGAAACUUUUCCAAGUAACGAUUCAUUGUUUUCAAAACAAAGACUCAAUGCUGAAGGAAACUAUUCAGUGAUUGUAUUUUCUAUUUUGGAAGGAAACAUUUUAACAGGUGACCUGUUUAAGGAAAUCAGUGCACUUGACAAGCAAGUGCAGAGUCUGUCUGUCAAAGCCCAUCAAACUCAGAUAAGUUUUAAAGAUAUUUGUGCCAGAGAAAAUGGGGACUGUGUCUCAAAUCCCAUACUGGACAUUAUUGGUAAUAAAUCCUCCAAUUUAUCAUUUCCGAUAAAAACAUGGAAAGGGAAAGAUGUUUUUCUUGGCUCUACAGUAGGAGGUGUUGAAGAAAGAGGAGGUGUGAUCCAGGAGGCACGUGCCAUCAGACUUUUCUACUUUUUGCAGGAUAACAAUGGAACCUCUGAAUGGCUUCAACAGUUCCAAAAUGUUCUAUCCAAAAAAACACUCAGCAAAGGACUUAAGGUGUCUUAUUUUACUUCAGUCUCCAGACAAGAGGAGAUAGAGAAACACACAACAGAUGGCAUUCCUCUCUUUUCAAUAACUUACUCACUUGCAAUCUCCUUCUCGGUGGUAUCUUGCAUGCGUCUUGAUAAUGUGAGGAACAAGAUGUGGGUUUCUUUCGUGGGAGUUCUGUCUGCGGGUCUGGCUGUGCUCUCUAGCUUCGGCUUGCUGCUCCUUUUCCGAGUGCCAUUCGUAAUAACAGUGGCUAAUUCACCUUUCCUGAUUCUGGGCAUUGGUGUUGAUGACAUGUUCAUCAUGCUUUCCAACUGGCAACAAACCAAAGUGAAGGAUCCAGUGGAGAAGAGAAUGGCAGAAACCUUCAAAGAAGCUGCCAUGUCUAUAACUAUCACUACACUGACUGAUGUUCUUGGUUUCUACAUCGGGCUCAUGAGUGAAUUUCGCUCAGUCCAGGCCUUCUGCUUGUACACCAGCACAUCCAUUGUUUUCUGUUACAUUUAUAACAUCUUCUUCUUUGGAAGUGUUCUAGCCCUAAACGGCAGGAGAGAGCAGAGUAACAGACACUGGCUGACCUGCUGCAAACUCCCAACACACACUCCUGAAGGAAAGUCUUUGGCGUAUCGUCUCUGUUGUGUAGGUGGCGACUAUGACCAAGAAACCAGUGCUGAGAAACAACAGCCCAUAGCACACUUCUUCAAGUUCUGUUAUGGUCCGUUCCUGACCAAGCCCUGGACCAAAGUCUGUGUGAUGCUGCUGUAUUUGGGUUAUUUGGCUGGAAGCAUCUAUGGAUGUUUUAAUUUACAGCAGGGUAUUAAUAUGAGGGACCUGGCAGGUGAUGAUUCAUAUGUAGUAAAUUAUUAUGAUGAUGAUCAGAAAUUCUUCUCCAGGUAUGGUCCAAAUAUCAUGGUUGUAGUGACUGAAGAGUUGCCCUACUGGAACAAGAGCAGCAGAUCAGAACUAAACCAAUGCAUGGAAAAACUCUACAACUUGACAUUUGUCAAUCGAAAUCUGUCUGUCUCCUGGUUAGACUUUUACUUACAAUUUGCUCAAACCCAAGGCCUGAAUCUAGACAAUAAAACCAUCUUCAUGGACAAUUUAGUAUCUUUUUUCCAGCUCUAUCCAGAGUUUAAGCUUGACGUUAACAUUGCAGAAGGCAAAAUCAAUGCUUCAAGAUUUUUUGUACAGACUUUGGAUAUUUCCAACGCCAGUAUGGAGAUAAUGAUGUUCAAUGAACUCAGAAACACAGCUCACAGCUGUAGUGUAGCUAAACUUCUAGUGUUCCACCCAUUGUUCAUCUACUUGGACCAAUAUUUGGUAAUAGUGACCAGCACCAUUCAGAAUGUUGGCUUCACCACAGCUGUCAUGUUGGUUGUUUCCUUGUUUUUAAUCCCAAACCCAAUCUGUUCCCUGUGGGUCACAUUUUCUAUCGGCUCAGUCAUCACCGGUGUCACAGGUUUUAUGGCCUUAUGGGGUGUCAACCUAGAUUCCAUUUCGAUGAUCAUCCUGGUGGUGUGCAUUGGCUUCACUGUCGACUUCUCUGCACAUAUUUCAUAUGCGUUUGUUUCGAGCAAGAAAUCAACAGCCAAUGAACGGGUAGUUGAUGCAUUGUUUUCUCUGGGCUAUCCGGUGCUACAAGGAGCUGCCUCAACAAUAAUAGGCGUACUAGUUUUGGCUGCAUCCAAGAACCACAUCUUCAGGACAUUCUUUAAGAUCAUGUUUCUCGUUAUGAUUUUUGGUUUGGCUCACAGUAUCGUCUUCAUCCCAGUGUUUCUGACCCUACUGUCCUUCAGUUCAAAUGAAACUAAGAAGAAAACAACAACAACUGUGCAUGGUGUUAUUCCAAAAGUAAUUUUAAUUGAAAACAAAAGCAUGACAUAUGAUAACCAUGCAUUUACCAAGGACAAUUGUCACUUUUCUAGACAAAUUGUUAAAACACAGAGUACUAAAAUAUAUUUUAUUCCAAAUAAUGAGAUGCCUUCAGGUUGGUGCCAUGACCCGGACUGUCCAUAGAAACCGAGUGUACAUUCGUCAUGUAAAUAACGUCUGCAUUCUUUAGUUUCUCUGUGAUGUUAUGUUACAUAUUCUUAUCAGGUUCAUUUAACAGAGAAAGUGAGUAUUGUGUAUUGACAAGUUGAAAUGUAUUCAAAGUGAAAUGUCCAGUGUGUGACGUGUAUAGCUUUAUCUGAAAUAGAUGAAUGUGAAUCUGAUAUUGUCAGUGUUCUGUCACUUCGGUCUAGUUUAUUCAUGGCUUUGUUUUUAUGUGAAUGUGCGGCUUUGACUGUGCUCUCUUGUCUGCUUGCAUUUUUUCUCUUUGGAGAUUGGUGUUCGGAUCCUGGCACAUGUCUUGUUCAGUUUUGGUUUUGCACCGGGGUUCAGACACUCGUGCUCCAUGUUCUGUCUUGUUGUGUGAAUGCGUGGUCUCGAAUUCACCCGGGCCAUACACUCUUCUGCCCUUGUGUGUUUUUGUGUUCUGUGUUUCUCACUGUCUCGUGUUGUUGCAUGCAGCUCAUGUUUAUGUCGUCUGUGUGCUUUCUUGUUAUGUUUUGUCUUGUGCUUGGGUUUUUCAUUGGCUGUGUGCUUUCAUGUUGUCAUGUUUUGUGUGAAUACACGGCUGCGUGUUCAUGUUUUGUUCAAGCACAUGGCUUGUGAAUGUUUUGCUGGCCAUGUGCUUGUGUUUUUGUUUUGUGUGAGCACAUGGCUUUUGUUUUGUUUGUUUCUGUGUUCCAUGUGCUCUCAUGUCUAUUGUCAAACCCCACCCACCAUGGCACCUGAUUUGGUUCUGUUGCCCCAUCUGUUGUCCCUCAUUAUCCUACUUGUUUCCCUAUUUAUUCUCCUUGUGUUCGCAGUCCUGUGCCAGUUCAUUGUCAGAUGUACCCCUGUUGUUUCUUGCCUGAUCCUGUCUUGCCUUGCCUUGCUUUGCCCUGUACUGGCCUGCCUACCUGCCUAUUUCCCCCCUCUGGGUAUUUUUUGUCGGUUUUGGUUUUAUUUUUACUAUUAAUAAAAGC